AUGAUGUAUUCCAUGAAGAAGUCUUUAGAGAAGAUUAGCGAAAUACGGCUUGUUGAUCAGCGUGAUACCGAAGAUAGUGAGAUUGAUCUUCGUUCUGAUGCAUUCAAGAUCUUUAAGCAAUUCUUGCUGCAUGAUCGAAGAUAUGAAAACUUUAGCUUUGAGGAAGUCUAUAUUUCGGAUUAUGAUGAUAUUGUGAAACUCAACUGCUGGAAGGGGCUGAAAAUAGAUCUCUCAAAAAUUGAACAUUUUACGCACGUUUGGAACAAGGUGACAACCCUUGUGAUUGAUGGUGAUACAAACAUUGAUUUAAUUGAGAACUAUGAUUUAUCAUCCAUAUUGCAGCUUGAGAUUGUUGGACCAUUAAAAACUUCUACAAACAUUCAAAAGAUACUAGAAUUAUGCACCAAUAUUCGAAAUCUGGUUUACCAGGAUCUUACAUUGGAUGAAACUUCAAAAGAGAGUGUUGUUCUAUGCCCAAAUAAUGGACAGACAGAGUUUGACCUGCGGCUCGAUAGCUCCAUCAGUAUUGAACUCUUGAAUGAAAUCGGACUGCCCAACGUCAAAAAAUUGAACCUUACUUUGGCUGAUGAAGAUUCUGGAGCCUUUGAUCUAAAUCAACUUUUAGCCAGUUUGGUUUCAGUGGAGGCUAUCACUGUUAACGCUCUGUUGAAGUUCUCUUAUCAGCUGAUAACUCUCUUCUCAGUGAGCUCAAAAGUACAGUAUUUGAACUUCUCACAUUGUGAGUUUGAUAACUGCGACUUCUCAACUCUGUAUCGACUACGGGAGCUGGUUUUACUUGACUGCGUCAUCGAUUCAAAGCAACUAAACACUUUGAGGAACCUGUCUCAAAUUUCCUCUUUGAUACUCAUCAAUUGCCAGAUAAACUGGAAUCACUUUUGGGAGCUUCCACUAAAUUUGGUCAGCAUCAUUGUUCACAAUAAUGACUAUGAAAGUUGUAAAGAUCUGAUCUUUUUAAAUCAAACUCGAAAGUGCAACAGCGAAAUGCACCGUUACAGUCGGAGUUUAAGCGUUGACCUAAAUUCUGUUAAAUUUCAAGUUAACUCUCAAUUAGACAGCAUCUUGUCAAUAGGAAAACUCAAUACAGUCACUGUGAAAAUGCCCCAAGUCGAUACAGCUGAAGUUGAGCUGGUCUCGAUUCCCAACUUCAACAGUUUUGAUUUUAGCUUCUUCGAUUUAGGAGACAUUCAAAUACCUGAAAUGGUCAUCAAACUGUAUUCAUUUGGUAACACUUUCCAUAAGCCAAGAAACAUUCCGGCCAAUAUCCGCUUUGAAUUCAAAUACUACAAUUUCAAUUUGUUGGAUUUCACUGGACUCAAGCAACCCACGGACUCAAAAUUCGAAUUGGAAUUUGCGGACAUCAAUGAAAUAUCUGAUUAUGAUUCUCAUGGACAGCGCAUUGACAAUGGCUUUUACGAUUCUUCUGACUCUUCAAACAGUGAAAGUGAAGAAAAUCUUGACCAGAAUAAAUCUCAUCAGACAAGAUCUAGAAGACUGCGCUCCACUCGGAAUCAUAGAAAGCCCCACUCCGACGAUGAAAUCACUGAGAACAGCGAAGAAGAAGAGAAGAGAAGAAGCAAACUGAUCAGUACUGUAAUCUCGUCAAAAAAUAUCAAGCCCUCGAACAAUCCGAAGGACGCUGACAAACCUUUUGAAUGCGAAUUCUGCUCAAGGGCAUUUAAAAGAAAGGAGCAUUUGAGAAGACACUCAUUGACACAUACAAAUUAUAGACCUCAUGUCUGUUCUAACUGCGAGCGUGGAUUCAGAAGAUCAGAUAAUUUGAAAAAUCACGAGAAACGUUGCCUGGCCUCAGGAAAAGCCGGCGGUAGUGGUUAUAAGUUACGAAAUGAUCCAAAUCGACUCGAUGCCGAAGAAAUUGAAAGAGUCAAAAGUAUUGAAUUGGCCAAGAAAGAGAAGCUCAAAAAGUUGAAAGAAAUGGGCAAGAGCAUUAAAUUGGCAGAGUUUUAUGAUUCUGAUAGAUACCAGAGCCCGGUAAGCCAACGCAGGUCUGACUCACUGUCUUCAUUAUCCGACAAUAUGGGUAACCGCUCUGACCAUGGCGAUGAGAAACACGACAUUAACCAUCACACCUUUGAUGGAGACCUAUAUCGCCCCAAAGCCGAAGUAUCUAGACAUGGCCGGCGAAGUCUUGGUGCAGCCUUGGAGACCCCUCCUGCGACAGCAAAUGAACCGGCACAGCAAUCUGGAGAUAUGCUAACCACAGAAUCUAACUACAGAGUAAGACACACGCAGAAUUCAAAAAGGUCGCAUUCGUCGACUCGAUUCUUAGAUUCAGCUAUGCUGAACCCAUUCACCGAUAGUGAUGUAACGAGAGUUGAUCCAAGCGAGCAAAUGGAACCUAAAACUGAAGACAGCGAAACAAACUUACUGGGAGAUGAUGUAGCUGAUGAGGAAGCAGAUGAUGAUUCGAUCUUCACACACCCGAAAUUUGACACUGGUGAUCCAAUUAGAUUGUCAAUCAAGCAGCAAGUGAGCCAAGAGUUUGCCCGUUGCGAGUUGAUGCCCAAUAAUACCUAUAAAUGCUCUAAAUGUUUUCAAUUGUUUACCAAAAGAGGUAAUCUGAGACGACAUUUAGUAAUCCAUUUCAAUCUGAGACCCUACAUUUGUGAAUGCGGUAAAUCAUUCAAAAGAUCGGACAAUUACAAGAAGCAUGCCAGCCGGUGUAAAACAAUUAUUUGCAAACGUCAGAAGGUUGGGGAAUCGAAAGAAAUAAUAGCGAAAUCACAAUCAAUUAGGUUUACCGAGACAACAGAAUCGGCGCAUGGGAAGAGCAAUCAUGAUUUGGACCCACCGUCUUUGCUACCAACUUCGAGCAACACACACUUCGGAAAAGUAAAAUAUGGAGAAGACGAGACUGUGAAUCAAAAUGACGUUUCUGAAGAGAGUGAUGACGAUACUCAUGUUUCUGUAAAGGCCGACGAAAGAAAAUUCGAAUGUAAUUUUUGUCAAAAGAAGUUCAAACGGAAGUAUCAUUUGAAUAGGCACUUGAUCGUUCAUCAAAAUGAUAAUAUGCGACCAUUCAGUUGCCUCAAAUGCGGUACUGCAUUCAAGCGAAAUGACCUACUGGAGAAGCAUAUUUUUUACAAUAAAUGUAGACAAGCGGCUACAUAA